GUUGUGCAGAGCUGUGAUUUCUGGAAAACAGAUGACUUUGUCUCCUCGUUUCCUUCUGUAAAAUAUUUCAGGUAAAGAUGGGUGGAGACUUCUGAGGAGACCGGUAUGUCUUACUCACACUUCCCUGUGAGCACAGACAGGUUCAGAGGACGAGAGACAAACACUGACAGAACUCAAAGCAGCCGCUCAUUCAGGAACGAAAGAAUGCUUUACACUGAGUUACUGCAACUGUGGCAAAAUUCGGUAGAGGCUGUGGAUGCCAAGGACUGGCCAACAGCUCUGGCCAAACUCAAUGAGAUCAGUGACCCCACUUCUCGCACGCUGUUUAAUACUGCCUCAUGUUACCUGGCUCUGGGGCAGCUGGAUUUGGCCCUAAAGGCUUUAGACUUAACCAUUGCUAAGGAUGAACGCCUUGCUGUCGCCUUCUUCCAGCGAGGAGCAGUGAUGAUGGAGAUGGGCAGGUUGGAAGAGGCUCUCUCCGACUAUAUCUGGGCACAGAAGCAUAUGAGAGAGAACGUAGUGAUUGACUACAAACAGCUGGGACUGAGAUUUAAACUGUACAGCUGGCAGGUGUUAUACAAUGCAGCAGCUGUGUAUUGUCGGAUGGGCCAGUGGGAGCAGGCCAGGGAUGUCCUGCUGUCAGCCUCCCAGGAGAAAGGACCAGGACGAGGGGGGAGCAUGGAGGCAGCUUUGGAGAGCAUCAGGAGUAAGCAGGCCCUGGAUCCUCUCCUGGUACCUGAGGGUGUGGUGUUUCGUCCCAGGAAGCAGGAUGUGGAGCAGCUGCAGCAAAGAGACUUCUUGGGAAAGGCAACGGUGAUUUCCUCUAUGAUACCCAAUGAUGAUUUUGGAGGCUUUGAGCCUUUGAGGCAGCAGAAACCUGGCUUCUACGAGCCUAAUGUGGAUGGAGCUCAGGAUUCUCGAUACAUGCAAGUGCGUGUCCCUUACAUGGCACGAGGACCAGGACAGCUGACGGUGCCCGGAGGUGCUAUGGUGUUUUUAUUUGGAGAGGAGAACCGAGAUGGGAUGGCAACUGUCAUAUAUGAUGGACAGAGAGGACUCCUGCCAGCAUCCCUUCUUGAACCAGCAGAUGUCAAGACGUCCAAAGGCAAAAAGGAUACUAGAAUUCCCAGUGGGAUCCCCCUCCCACCAGGACUCAAGCCACCCACUCGCCCACAGUCUCAGCAUAGUCCUGCAGCUCCUCCUCAGGGACAUCUUACCUCAGACACACCACCUCCAUCUUACAUUACUGCCACCCACUCUGAGACUCCCAAAUACACAGCCAAAGCACGAGACCAGCAUGCAAGCUCAGCUCAGAGAGCAGAGGCAGACUCUGUGGUGGUGAAGGUUCACUACGUUUACACUGUGGCUCUGUCUGUCCCUCUGGACACGACAUACAGUGAACUUCAGGAACGAGUCGCAGAGAAAUUGGAGCAGCCGGCAUCUCAUCUGCGCCUCAGACGUAAGCACCAUGGCACCUGCGUGCUGACACCGCUAGAUGGGGAAAUGGAGCCAGGUCACACUGUGCAACAGUUGGCUGAGGCCGGCAGAGCUACCCUGUGGUGCCAGAAAGAAGAUCCCCUGGCCAACCGUACUAUCCUCUACCAGAUGGUGGCCCUUUAUGAUUAUGAUGCUCAGGGGCCAGAAGACCUGGAGUUCAGUGAAGGUGACACUAUUGACAUCCUCGGUGAAGUUAAUCAGGAGUGGCUGGAGGGACACUGUGGAGGAAGUAUUGGCAUUUUCCCCAGCUGCUUCGCCUACAGGGAGAAUAACAAUAUCACUCAGAGCUCAGAGAUUAUGUGAUCAGAAGUUCAUUGUUGCAUUCAUUUUUUUAAAGCACCUAUUAUUCUAUGAAUUGUAACAGUUUACAGGCUUGGAACAACCAAACAGUUUGCUUACGAGGCUGUUAAGUGCACCAAGUACUAUCUUCACUAUGCUUUGAAGGUAUUUGUUAUAAAAACCUUUGUUUAAAAACAUUAUACAUGAAAACAAUCAUAUUAGUGUGUAUCCAUCAUUACCAUAUAAUCUUUAUUGCAUGUUUGAUAAAUAAUCCUUUGUAUAAUAUUAUUAAUGUAUAUACUCUCACACAUACAUCAACAUGUUUGAGUGAGGGUGAUUUUUUACAGUACUGGGUGUACGACCAGUAUUUGUGUUUCAGAUCUUGGUUUGAUAUUCUUUGAUGAUUGUUAUUCCUGGUUUUGGUUAUCUUUGGUUUGUGCUUACUGAUCUUAGUUCUUCCUUCCUUUGUAUGUUUCUUGGCCUGUGUUCAGUCUCUGUCCCCAUGUUUUCUCUGUGCCUGUCCUGGUCUCACGCCUCAUGUUUAGUCACCCUUGUCUCUGUGUUCCCUGUGUUCCCGAGUCAGUCACGUUUCAGUGUGCAGCCUGUGUCUCUUAGUCUGUCUUUGCGUAUGUGUUGUGUUUCCUGUUUUACUUUGAUAGUCUGUGUCCUAUGUCUGUGUAUCCUGUUUUGCUUCCUGUGUGUCAUUCUGUGAGAUUAGCCCCAGCUGUGCUUCCCUCCUGUUUUCCAUUCCCCCGUUACCCCCGCCCUUUGUGUUUUUCUCUGUUGGUUGUCACGCCGUACCCUCAAUGCUGUGUUUCUUCCUCGGUGUUCCAAGUAACUCUAAUUCUCAGUUCCUGGUUUAUUUUCUAGUGUUGUAGUGAGUUUUCUGUUUCUAGUUUUGUUUUCUACUGGUAAUAGUGACUUCCAGCAAUAAAGCUGCUGCUUUCAGUUAAA